AUGGCGUAUGGCCUGGACACCGAGUCGUUUCUGCUAGCAUUCACCCGUUUCUGCAAGCGCAGAGGUGUGCCAGCUGAGGUCGUGUCAGACAACGGGACGAACUUUGUCGGUGCAGAGGGAGAGCUAAGAGAACCCGUUCAAGCGCUAGGUUCUGAUGAAGUGGCCGCAAGUAUGGCCAGCCAAGGAGUUCAUUGGCGCUUCAAUCCGCCUCUCGCUCCGCACUUUGGCGGCGUAUUUGAGUGUGUGGUCAAGGCAGCAAAGCGCGCAAUGAUGGCAACUCUGUCCCAGGCCAAUCUCACUGAUGAGGAACUUGUAACUGCCAUGGUGAGUGCGGAAGGCCUGCUCAGCUCGCGUCCGUUGACCGCUGUCCGGACUGAAGUGGAUGACGCUGCACCGCUAACACCGAUGCACUUCCUAGCUGGACAGUGCGAGCUGACUCUGCCACUCGAAGAAGUCGCUGAGUUGCACCCACAGCGUCGUUGGCGGCUCCUCCAACAGCUCCUACGCGAGGUAUGGCGGCGAUGGCUUCGAGAAAUAGUGCCUCGGCUGAAUGUGCUUCAGCGAUGGUCUCGACGCAGCCGCAACAUCAAGCCCGGUGACAUUUUCCUCUGCAUGGACAAGUCUACUCCAAGAGGGCGUUGGCCGCUAGCCAAAGUGAUGGAAGUGUUCGCCGGAUGUGAUGGAUUGGUCCGUGUAGUGAACAUCAGAAUUGGCGCCAAGCAGUCCAAGCGGCCGAUAACGCAGUUGGUGCCGUUGGAAGUUGAACCCAUCGAUGAAGGUACCGGUCAGUAUGAUGAUCUCACGACUUCCGAUUAG